AUGGAGAACGACGACAAAUAUCUGCCCGAGCUGCUGGCGGAGAAGGACAGCCUGGACGCGUCGUUUACGCACGCCAUGAAACUUUUAAACGCAGAAGUCGAUAGAAUCCAGAAAGGCGAGACCAAGAAGGAGGCGGACCCGUACCUGGACCUCUUCACCACCAAGAACAUCAAGCUCAAGGAGCGCGUGCUCAUACCCGUCAAACAGUACCCCAAGUUCAAUUUCGUGGGGAAGAUUUUGGGGCCUCAGGGCAACACAAUCAAACGUCUGCAGGAGGAGACCGGAGCCAAGAUCUCCGUGCUGGGCAAAGGAUCCAUGAGAGACAAAUCCAAGGAGGAGGGGCUGAGGAAGGGCGGCGAGCCCAAGUACGCCCACCUGUCCAUGGAGCUGCACGUGUUCGUCGAGGUGUUCGCCCCCGUGCCCGAGGCCUACCUGCGCAUGGCGCACGCCAUGGAGGAGGUCAAGAAGUUCCUGUUUCCAGAUAUGAUGGAUGAUAUCUGCCAAGAGCAGUUCAUGGAGAUGAGCUACCUGAACGGAGGCCAGGAGCACUGCACCAGAGGCCGAGGGGGUCCUCCGGUCAGGGGCCGCGAAGCGCCUCCUGGUGGAGCACACAGGGGGAGGGGCAUGCCGCCCCGUGGCGCCCCCGCCAGGGGAGGCGCGGCCCGAGGCGGCCCGCCCAGAGGCGGCGCGUUGAGGGGCGCGCCGUCGUGCCGAGGAGGGCCGCCGGGGGCGCCCGCCAGGGGGGCCUCGGCGCCACGAGCCCGGCCCCCGGCGUCCGGACCCCCGCAGAGGAUGGCGCACCCGCCCCACCACCAGCACACCCCCGCCGCGGCCGGCGACGGCUACGAGGACUAUGGCUACGAUGAGAGCUACACAGACACAGCCUACGAGUCAUACGACAGCUAUUACAGUCAGCCACAGGCAGAGCCAGAAUACUACGACUACGGACACGGAGAGAGCGCCGAGUCCUACGAGUCCUACGACCAGGAUGACUGGAACGGGACCCAGCGAACAGUUUCAGGGAAGGCCCCGCCCCCCUCCAGAGGCGCCAAGACGCCAUACCGGGAGCACCCGUACCGACAGUACUGA